AUGUUCCUUAAUUAUUUAUUAGAACAUAAAUGCCAGGUAAUUUGUUGCGGUGACGAUGCACAACCUCCGCCAUUCUUCGGAGAAAUGCCACAUAAUUGGUUAAAAGAGCAUGCUGAUUAUUACGAAGAAGUUUUAACUGAUUAUCGUGCGAAAUGUCCUAAGUUGCGUGAACUUAAAAAAGCUAUGCGUCGCAAAAAUAAUCGAAUACAAUCAAAAUUAUUUCGAGCAAUUCUCUCAACUAUAGAAAAAUGGGAACGUCUCGACUCCCUCAGAUCGCUAAGAGAUGGACGUAAACAAAACUGCCUCGUCCCAAUUUGUUCAUCCGAGAAACAAGAACUAGUAAAAAAUGAUAUAGUAUAUUUACCGUUGAAUACGUUUCCUGAAAAAGAUAUAUUAAGCGAAGAAAAAAUACUUGAUUGGGAUUUGGGAUAUGCUAUGACUGUGCAUACUAGUCAAGGGAUGACGCUUGAAGCUCCACAACGAGUUUGGGUUAUCGAUGAACAUUUGGCGCCCCCAUUACCUCCUGAGAUUGAAGAUGCAAAAAAUAAAAAAGUAAUUGAGCGAUCCUUAAGACCAUUUAUUUCUGGAAAACUCGUAGGAUAUAUGAAUCAAGAUAGGAAAAAAGAUCGUGAAUUUAAUCUAUCUAUUGACUAUAUUCUCAAGUUAAAAGAUUCGCAGGAAAAUAAAUGUAAAUUAUGUCAUAAUGAAUUGUUAUGGGACUGGGACGAAGCUGGAAAUUCAGACCAAUGGACAGUAGAUAGAAUUAAUAACGAAUUGGGACAUAUAGAAGGAAAUGUACAACUUACUUGUUUAGAAUGUAUGGAAAAAAUUCUUAAACAAGUUAACAAUUUAGUAAUGGAUUUUUAUAUAAAAGUAAAGGCUAGUACCGGUGAUAAUGAAAAGCAGGUCAGAGAAAUAUUUGUCAACGGAUUAUCCCUUGAAAAUUAUUUGGAAGCCGAAAAAUGUGAAUCGGGCAUUUCAUUACAGCAACUGGUAGCAAAACUAUGGGUACUAGAGUCAGAACGCAAAGCUAAGUAUAUCAAAUUAUUUUAG